GCAUCCAAGUAUAGAUUAUUGGUUUUAACCAUCUCACUAUGAAUAAUGUAUCUAUACAGAUAUAUCUAUGAGACUAUAGUUAAAUUGCAUAUCUGUUAUUGCAUUAUAUUUUCUGUUCGAAAGCUCCCCAAGUGAUUUUGGUGUAAUUAGUAGCAAAAGUUACAUUUUGGAACAUAAUUCACUUUUGUUUUGUUUGUUUUCAAAAGGCUCUCCCUGAUCCACAUUUUGUUUGUGAGUGUGGUAGGCUUGUCAAUACAAGUCAUUAACACAGCAAUGUUGCUGCUGUCUUCAUCAGUUCACCAGUUGACUUCUUAAUUGGCAGAAGUGGAUGGGUUGCAGACCAACCAUCGCAAGUUUACAGUUAAUAUAUUAUGCCUGGGAUUGUGGCCCAUCUCAUUGGUGCAUCUCUUCUUGUGUGUUUGGCACCAAUAUGUUCAAAUGCAGAUUCUGACACGCCUGUGAUAAAAUGUUACCAAUGCCAUUCCAAGUACGAUGACCAUUGUAAACAUAUCUCAGUAAAUAGCAGUGUUUAUUUCAAGCCCUGUGAGGACAUAGGGAAGUAUGCUGGGCAAAAACCAUUCUGCAGGAAGAUUGCUCAAAAAAUCCACGGAUGGGAAAGCAAGGAAGUGAUGGUGCGCAAGUGUGGUUGGGUGAAACACAACGAGGAAUGUUACCGAGUGCGUAACUGGGAUCAUUCCGAGACUGUGUGUCAGUGCUUCACGGACGGUUGCAACUUCGGCACAGCACUUCAUGGCUCUUUAUUUUUACUUCUGCUACCACUAUUGAUACACGUGUGCAUGGCUUAACUGUGCAAUUUCAUCAUCUUUCUGUCCAGGACUAUAAUGCUACACAUGAACUCUAGAAAAAUAAAUACUCUUAUUCAAACUUGAAGGACCAUGACAAUGCAAAGACAAGCUAAAGGAUAGCAUUUGAACAAUUUUUAUUGUAUAUAUAGGUAGUAUAGUUUAAAUUAACGCUUGGCCAGUCAAAUGGACCAAAGGCGUAAGGAGUGUUUUUUUUAACUACAGCUCACUCUUACAACCGCUCACACUUCCUGUCUUUCUUUGUGUAUCAUAUAUUGUAAGCUUCUUUCCAGCUGCUGAGAAUUAUGUUAGUUUCACAGCUGUUCAAAAUUUGUACAAUAGGAGACGUAAAAUAAAUAAAUUUUGCAUUAAACCUUGUGCUUUUGAUGGAAUUCUU